AUACGAGCCUGGGCCUUAUAAAGCGCCAAGAGACCUCCAGCGGGCCAUCUCCUCAGCCGCCCCCGCCUGCAGGAGGAACGUGACGUGCGUCUGAAGCCGGCACCAUGACGGAACUGGAGACAGCCAUGGGCAUGAUCAUCGACGUCUUUGCCCGGUACUCGGGGGCCGAGGGUAACAAGCAGAGCCUGACCAAGGGGGAGCUGAAGGCGCUCAUGGAGAAGGAGCUGCCGGGUUUCCUACAGAGUGGAAGGGACAAGGAUACUGUGGACAAACUGCUCAAGGACCUGGACGCCAAUGGAGACGCCGAGGUGGACUUCAACGAGUUCAUAGUGUUUGUGGCUGCACUCACGUCUGCAUGUCACAAGUACUUCCAGGCAUGACGGAACUGCUGCUCUGCUGCCCCAGAUUCCGAAGGGGGCACAGUGAGAGGGCCCCUGGCUUCCAGAAAGCCUUGGGUGGCAGUUAUUUCUCUGGGCUGAGCCGGCUGAUGGCCCUCUGAUAAAUAAAAUGCUUGUGAAAUGA